AUGGCACCUCAACUAGAGAAAGCACUCCACCUCAUCGACGAGGCCCACGCCCAAGACCCCAAGAAGGUCACAAUUGACGGACAAGAAGUGCCGUACGAACUGCACUAUGCUCAGCAGAUGACCUGGUACCUCGAGAGACGCUCGCCCGAUGCCUCAGACCCUCUCAAAAUCGCCAUCCGCGCACAGCACUUUCGUCGUUGGGAGGUGCCGCGCGACUCAUAUCCCAUGACACGCAUUGGGUACCACAGCUGGAGAACGUUCCUCAAGAAAAGACAGGCCCAGUUGGUUGCUCCCAUCAUGGAAGAGUGUGGAUUCAGUGCCGAGGACACGCAAAAGACAAUGGCCCUGAUUGAGAAGCAAGGUCUGCGCGAGGGUGACAAGGACACACAGGCCUUGGAGGACAUUGCUUGUCUCGUCUUCCUCGACGACCAAUUCGAAGCUUUUGAAAAGACGCUCGACGAAGACAAGAUCAUCAAGAUUCUGCAAAAGACAUGGGUCAAGAUGAGUCCCGAGGGUCACAAGAUGGCUCUCGAGCUGCACAUGUCGCAAAGAUGUCAAGAGCUGGUUGGAAAGGCUUUGGGUGCUUGA